AUGGAGACCAUUGAAUAUCAGAGAGAAUGGGCAAAAGAUGUCCAGCUCUGGUUCAAAAAAAGCCACUAUGAGCCCGUUCAACACAGAAUCCUUGGCAGCGCACCCCUUGGUAACUGUCAUCAAGGUAUUGAAAGGUUUGCUGCAUACGGCAAACACAGCUUCAACGCAUGCUAUAUGAAAACGGAAUUGGAAUAUAGUACUCCAACACUCUAUAGGCAUCAAUGGUUCUUCAAGUUGACGUUCUGUAUGGCUUGUAACCGUCGUCUUGAUGCAGCUCAACAACAACACGAAUGCCAACGCAAAUGCGCAAUGGGAAGCGAACAAUGUGGAAAAUGGUUCCAAGGGGAUCUAAACCUCAGACGCCACCAAUACUUCCACCACAACUCUACUCCAAGAAACCAUAAGUGGUGUGGACAUGAAGUUCGAUUCAUGUAUGACCUGCAUCUACUAGGCUAUAGCGCGAAGGAUAUCAGCAGAGAAAUUCCUUGGAGACCCACGGAGAUAUUGGAGAGUGCCAUAAAGGAACCAAUGUAUGGCUGCCAGUACUGCCAGAAAGUCUAUAAAAAAAGUCCGGGACUAGAAAACCACAGCUGUGCGGCUCAUCAGGUAACACCGACGCUAUACCAUUGCUACAAAUGCGACAAGACCCACGAAUUGGAAAGUUUGGACGUCUGUCUUGGCAGACGGCGCAAGCUGAACUUGGGAGACCAAGCAGAAAUGGAUGCCUUCUACGAGAUGCAGCUCAGGUUUCUUGCUCAGAUCGACCGUCCAGAUAGUUUAAGGUUUUGGCGAACGUCUAAUGGUUCCAUGGAGCGACCUGAGUUUUGGUCCAUCCUUUGCGAGCUUCUGUGGAAUAGAAUAGAGGAGUUUUGGGAUGUACGAGCCGAUAAACUUGAACGAAAGAUGCUUACUCAGCUACUAAGGGUGGCGCGACAUGAGGAGCUUUUCGUUUCGCAAGGAAAAGGAGAUGGAGUUAUCUAUGUACUAUCUGGAAAUUUAGACUGGUAUAGAAGCCUCAGGUUAAAAGCUCAUUACAGAGACGAACGACCACUGCUUAGUGCUACCGACGUGGGCCUUGCUGUGUAG